UCGCCUCGUUGCUGUUUCGCACGUAAAAUGGUGUAGAAAAAAAUCCUAACAAUUCUACUUUAUCGAUGAGCAUCAUUUCCUGUUCAUCGAUCAUUUGUUUUGAUCAUCUAAUAAUAAAAAUAACGUUCCCGUGCAAAAUGCUCGAUAUGCAGAACUAGAAUAAAGAAUGCAGAAGUCAUGCAUUUAAACUACACGUUAUCUCUUUUGCACUGCUGUUAAACUGUAUUGCAUUAUUUAGGGUUAUUAUUAUUUUGUCCACCAGCUCUGAUUUAUAAAUGUAGUUUUUAAAGCAGCUUUGCUCCUGGCCGGAGGAGGAGACGCUGCCGCCUGGCGGGUGAAGGCUGCGGGUGAAGCCGGACCCGGGUCUUCACGGUGGGCUGGAGCCGUAUCUCAGACUUCACGCUGAUUGGCUCGUUUUAUUAUAUGUAUUUAGGCCUUAUAGAGGCGCCGGUAUUACGUUUUAACAUUUUUCAUAACUUAUUAAAAUUUUUAUAUAAAGUUGUUUUGAUUUAUUAUUAUUCAUCACCUUUAAAAUUAGACCAAAUGAAUACCUCCUUAUAAAACCGUAAUAACUUAAACAUAUUUUUAAAAUACUUAUCUAACUUAUCUAAGAAAUACAUUAAAGUCAGGAACCACAUGUUCUGGAAGAAUCCGAUCCGCGAGCUCUCGCGAGAGCUCCCGCGAGAGCACCACGUCGCGGGACAUUUUAAAGCAACCAUUACAUUACGUGCCAUUUAGCAGACGCUGCACGUAUUUUAGAAUGACGGUGACACUGAUAACUUUACUUAUUCUUCUUCCCUUUGCUGCCGGAGCGCCUCGAGCCGAUUGCCCGGUUUCCCAGAUGAUGGUGAUGGAAGGAGACAACUUCGCUCUCCUCAGUCAGGUGGAUCCCACAGAGAACCUCCAGAACCGCACGGUGGAAUGGAAGAAGAUGGGCCUUUCCGGGCUGGUCUUCUUAUAUCGGCACCGGAAGCAAGACCUGGACGACCAGAGCGUCCAGUUCAAGGACAGGACGACUUUCCUCGGAAACCUGAGCACAGGAAUCGUGUCGGUGCAGGUGUCCUCGGCGACUCUGGAAGACACUGGAGAAUACAGGUUUUACGUCACCAAGCGGAACCUCAGUUUCCCCGUCAAAUGCUUCGUCAACGUCAUUGUUGUCAACAGAACCCGACAGAACCCGACAGAGUCCAGCUCCACUCCAGUGACAGAAGAACCUGAAUCAGAAGAUCCAGUCGCUGCAAAGGACUCGACUGACUGGAGACUCGUCAUCAUCAUUGUCAUCGUCAUCAUCAUCAUCAUCGUCGCCGCUGUUUUUCUGUGGAAUCGUAAAGCAAUCUGGAAGAAGGUCAAAGGAUGGAGGACGGCGACGCCCGGCGUCGGCAUGGAAACCGUGACGACCCAACAAACGGAGGCGGGCGAAGAGCGUCGCGUCGAGGCCGCAGAGCCGCUGGUCGCUGACGAGGACCGCGCUGAGCAUUUGAACAAGGGGGCGUUACCAGAUGCAUGAUGGGAAAACCGCCUGGCCCGUCGCCGGAUCAAAGAGCUGACUGCCUCUCGCUUUUUAUGAACGAAAUCCACGUUUUUGUAGAAGAAAUAUGAAAUGUUGCCUGUUGAAUUAGACAAUUUACGAAAGCAAUAUGUAAAUUAGGAUUUACUAAUAUAUAGGGAUGGGAAUCGAGAACCGGUUCCGUUUUAGAACCGGUUCCCAGUGAACCGAUUGUU